AUGCCGUCCAAGCCUGCCCCCAUCAAGAAGGCGGCCAAGAAGGAGCCGGCCAAGAAGGAGGAGGAGAAGGCUCCAGAGCCGGCGCCGGCACCGGAGCCCGCACCGGUAGAGGCCGCCCCCGCAGAGGCAGCCCCCGCAGAGGCAGCCCCGGCCCCCGCUGAGGGCGAGGCCGCACCUGCCGAGGAGGCCCCCGCGGCCCCGCCAGCUGAGGAGCCCAAACCCCCCACCCCUCCUCCACCCGCUGAUGCCACAGACGAAGCUGCUCCUGCUGCUGAAGCACCUGCUGAUGAGGAGCCUAGGGAACCCACCCCCCCACCACCUCCACCCAAAGAGCCCACCAGCGCCCCAGUGGAGCUGUUUAUCGAGGACAAGAAUGACACGUCUGUGACCAUCAUGUGGAGCCAGCCGGAGGUCGUCGGCCUGACUGGUCUGGACGGAUACACCGUUGAAAUCUGCAAGGAUGGAACCGAGGACUGGAAAGCUGUGAACGAGGACUUGCAGAAGUCCUGCCGCUACGUCAUCAAGAACCAGACCACCGGGGACCGCCUGAAGAUCCGCGUGGUGGCAGUGAACGCCGGCGGCCGCAGCCCCCCCUGCGCCCUCCCCGAGGCCAUCCUGGUGAAGGAGAUCGCUGAUCGCCCCAAGGUCCGUCUGCCUCGCUUCCUCAGGCAGAGAUACGUCACCCAGGUCGGAAGCAAGAUCAACCUGACCAUCCCCUUCACAGGCAAACCCAAACCUGUGGUCACCUGGACAAAGGACGGACAGCCCCUGGACACCAAGAGGGUGAACAUCCGCAACAGCGACAGAGACAGCAUCCUGUUCAUCCGCACGACCGAGAGGGACGACUCCGGCGUGUACGAGAUGUGCGUGAAGGUGGACGACUUCGAGGACAAGGCGACACUCACCCUUCAGAUUGUCGAGCUGCCAGGACCUCCCGCCAGCGUGAAGAUUAUUGACACCUGGGGCUUCAACGUGGCCCUGGAGUGGACUCCACCUAAAGACAGUGGAAACACAGACAUUAAAGGCUACACGGUGCAGAAGGCCGACAAGAAGACUGGAGACUGGUUCAAUGUGCUGGAACAUUACAACAGACUGAAUGCCACCAUCUCUGACCUCAUCAUGGGCAACACCUACAAGUUCAGAGUGUUCUCAGAGAACAAGUGUGGACUGAGCGAGGAGGCCGCCAUCACAAAGGGGGAGGCCGUCAUCCUGAAGACAGACAUCGACUACAAACCUCCCAAAUACCAGGAGCACGACUUCACCGAGGCUCCCAAGUUCACCACGGCCCUGAGCGACAGAGCCACCACGGUGGGCUACAGCACCAAGCUGCUCUGCUCCGUCAGGGGAGAGCCCAAGCCCAAGGUCCAGUGGAUGAAGAACCAGAUGAUUCUUGGAGACGACCCUAAGUACAGGCAGAUCUGCGUCCAGGGCAUCUGCUCUCUGGAGAUCCGCAAGCCAGGAAACUACGACGGUGGCGUGUACUCCUGCAAAGCCAAGAACAAGCACGGAGAGGCAAUAGUCGCCUGCAAGCUGGAGGUCAAACAGGCAGCGAUCCCGGAGGCAGGGAAAGAGAAGAAAUAGGUUCUCAUCAUUACAGGUCAGAAAUCAUUUGGA